CUUUAUGCUUCUGGGCGGAGAGCAAGUAAUAGCGGAGUGUGUCAGAGGAGGCUACCGUUGAGCCUUGGGGGGGUGGGGGAGGACGAGACACAUUUACACUGUCAACUCGGGGACGAGGCCGGGCCUGCACCUGCAGUACGCAACACAACCCAGGAAAUCAUGGAGCUCGAGAAUAUCGUGGCCAACACCGUGCUGCUUAAGGCGAGGGAAGGAGGUGGGGGGAAGAGAAAAGGCAAGAGUAAAAAAUGGAAACAGAUGCUGCAGUUUCCCCAUGUCAGUCUAUGUGAGGAGCUACGACAGACCAUAGAGAAAGACUACCACAACCUCUGUGAUAAGCAGCCCAUCGGACGCUUGCUGUUCCGGCAAUUCUGCGACACGAGGCCCGAGCUCGCACGCUGUGUCAGAUUCCUGGACGCUGUGGCUGAAUAUGAGGUCGCACCAGAUGAGAAGAGAAAAGAGUGUGGGCAGCAGCUAAUAGACAAGCACCUGAACCCCAGGUCGGAGGAGCAUGUCCCCGAGAUCCCAGAGGAGCUGGUGUACAGCUGUGCUGAGAGGCUGGAGCAGGAGGCCUGCAAGGAGCUUUUUAAGGAGUGCAACAAAUUAAUCCAUGGCUAUCUCAGUGUGGCUCCCUUUGCAGAUUACCUUGACAGCAUGCACUUCAACAGGUUUCUGCAAUGGAAGUGGCUCGAGAGGCAGCCUGUGACAAAGUACACGUUCCGGCAGUACCGAGUGUUGGGGAAGGGAGGCUUCGGAGAGGUUUGUGCAUGCCAGGUGCGAGCGACAGGGAAGAUGUAUGCCUGCAAGAAGCUGGAAAAGAAGAGAAUCAAAAAAAGGAAAGGAGAGUCCAUGGCGCUCAAUGAGAAACAGAUCUUGGAAAAAGUGAACAGUAGGUUUGUAGUGAGUUUGGCCUAUGCCUACGAGACUAAAGACGCCCUGUGCCUUGUCCUUACACUCAUGAAUGGGGGAGAUUUGAAGUUCCAUAUCUACCACAUGGGACAGGCAGGCUUUGAUGAGAAGAGAGCUGUGUUCUAUGCAGCAGAGCUGUGCUGUGGGCUGGAGGAUCUGCACCGGGAGAAGAUUGUGUACAGAGAUCUGAAGCCAGAAAAUAUUCUAUUAGAUGACCACGGUCAUAUCCGCAUCUCUGAUUUGGGGCUGGCUGUUCACGUGCCAGAGGGGCAAACAAUCAAAGGCAGAGUUGGGACAGUGGGAUACAUGGCCCCGGAGGUGGUGAAAAACGAACGCUACACCUUCAGCCCUGACUGGUGGGCUCUGGGCUGCUUGAUAUAUGAGAUGAUCGAAGGCCAGUCCCCCUUCCAGCAGCGCAAGAAGAAGAUCAAUCGCGAGGAGGUGGAGCGGCUGGUGAAGGAGGUCCAGGAGGAGUACUCCAGCAAGUUCUCCGAGGAAGCCAAGUCCCUCUGCAGGAUGCUGCUGGAGAAGGACCCGAUCCAGAGGCUUGGCUGCCGGGGUGGCAGUGCUGCAGAAGUGAAGGUGCACCCGCUUUUCAAGUCCAUCAAUUUCAAGAGGCUGGAGGCAGGCAUGCUGGAGCCCCCAUUCAUUCCUGAUCCCCAGGCUAUCUACUGUAAGGACGUGUUGGACAUUGAACAGUUCUCCACUGUGAAGGGGGUGGAGCUGGAGCCCACAGACAAUGACUUCUACAGCAAGGUCUCUACCGGCAGCAUCCCCAUCCCCUGGCAGAACGAGAUGAUUGAUAUGGAGUGCUAUAAAGAGCUCAACAUGUUCCAUCCAGACGGGACCGUGCCACCAGAUCUAGACUGGAAGGGCCAGCCCUCUCCUGAGCCCAAACAGGGGCUGCUGCAGCGGCUCUUUGGGAGGCAGGACUGCUGUGGAAACUGCAGUGACAGUGAGGAGGAACCCACCAGGCUGUGACAAGACCCAAGUGGGCCUGUCCCGCACUGCCCCGCCCCCACCCUACGAAAAUGCAUUCCCACCUGGUGGAGAGGUGUCAAAAGGAUUCAAUUUGUUUACAAUUUUUGCACAUUUGUAUUUUAAGAUGAUUCUGUAUAUAUAAAUAUGGGAAUGUAUAUUUUCAGUAUAUAGCCAUACAGUAAAUGUUAUUUAAUAAUGAGGUAUGGCAACAAAAGGGAGUUCAACCCUGAUGAGUUUCAAACUGCGGUCCGUGUCAUCCAGUUUAUAGCACUGAAAGUGUGAGGAACCUUGCAGGACUGUGAUAUCCUGGAGUUUUCAGUACAGUGUUUGUAUUGAACGGUAGCACAGUACACUGUUGUGGACACACCAAUACAGUGGAUUGAUCCCAAAACCACUGACGUCAGCGAUAGCUGCAAGACAUCUGUCUUACUAAUGAACUGAAAGUCCAUGGAAGAGAGAUUCCUCUUGUCAUAUACUGUCUGGUAAUCUGCAUGCGAUAGCUGCUGGGGACAGCCCUGGAGAGACUUCAGGUCCCCUGUGGAGACAGUUAUGAUGGUGGUUUGUCAGUAAUCGGUACGUCCACUAGAACUUGCGUCCACAUAUCCGUCAAAUGGAAAAGGAUAGCUAGAGCUAAAGCGUAGUCCAGGCGGUGUUACAUCAACUCAUUUACCCAAAAAGAAAAAAAAUGUUUUAAAGGAUUAAUUAGAAAACAUUUUGAUAGAUGGCAUAUAACUAUUAGUAAAAUGCUUUACCACCAGGCAUAUUGAGAAGAAAGCUGUUGUACAUAGUUGAACUAACCAUCCUGAACGAGUCAUUAACUAUCCACUAGUGUUGGAUAUUGGCACUGUAAUUAUGAGAGCCAUUUACUGUAUGCAUUAGGCUUCUCUUGCAUGCAAUAGUGAAACACAGCAGUUCAUUUCAAAGGGUAUGGACUUACCAGGGUUGGACAAGAGAUCAAAAAGAGAGGUCAUUUUAAAAACAGACAAGUCUUUUGAAGGCCAUAUCAAUUUUAAUUGUACAAACGAGAUCAAAUAUAUAUAUAUAUA